AUGAUAAAUCUUGACAUUUCCAUAUUUUGUUCUUACAUUGUAUAUUUUCUGUCCUUUGCAGGAGUAGAAUACAGUGAUGUCCUACCGGACUCCUUCCCUUCCGCUCCAGCAGAAUCUCUACCACAUUUCCUCUUGGAACCCGAAGAUGCCUACAUUGUAAAGAACAAGCCCGUAGAGCUUGUGUGCAAAGCUAACCCAGCCAUACAGAUCUACUUUAAAUGCAAUGGGGAAUGGGUCAACCAGAAUGAUCACAUUACUAAGGAGAGGGUGGAUGAGCUCACAGGUCUUGUGGUUCGGGAGGUCCAAAUCGAAGUGUCCAGGCAGCAGGUAGAAGAACUCUUUGGUCUGGAAGAUUACUGGUGUCAGUGCGUGGCAUGGAGCUCAGCCGGAACCACCAAGAGCCGUCGGUCCUAUGUCAGGAUAGCCUAUCUCAGAAAGAAUUUUGAUCAGGAACCGCUGGGUAAAGAAGUACCUCUUGAGCAAGAAGUGUUACUUCAGUGUCGUCCACCAGAAGGCAUUCCACCUGCUGAGGUGGAAUGGUUAAAAAAUGAAGACAUCAUUGACUCCACACAAGACACCAAUUACCUCAUAACAAUUGACCACAAUCUCAUAAUUAAGCAAGCCCGGCUCUCAGACACAGCCAACUAUACCUGCGUUGCUAAGAAUAUUGUUGCUAGACGGAGAAGUACCACAGCGACGGUUAUAGUUUAUGUCAAUGGAGGAUGGUCAUCUUGGUCAGAAUGGUCUUCCUGUAAUAACCCCUGUGGUCGUGGUAUUCAGAAGAGGACACGGAUGUGUACUAAUCCAACUCCACUUAAUGGUGGGGCCUUUUGUGAUGGUCAACCACUUCAGAAACUUGCUUGUACAACCAUGUGUCCAGUUGACGGUGGAUGGACUGAGUGGAGCAAGUGGUCAGCUUGCAGCACUGAAUGCACGCAUUGGCGAAGCAGGGAAUGUAACGCACCCACUCCUAAAAAUGGUGGGAAAGACUGCAAUGGCGUGCUCUUAGAUUCCAAAAACUGCACAGAUGGCAUGUGUAUGCAGAACAAAAGAGUUUUAGGUGAACCAAAAAGCCAUUUGUUGGACUCAACGGGGGACGUUGCACUGUAUGCCGGACUGGUUGUUGCCAUUUUCAUCUUCAUUGUUAUACUCAUGGCUGUUGGCAUAAUUGUGUACAGACGCAACUGCCGAGAUUUUGACACUGACAUCACAGAUUCCUCAGCAGCCCUUACAGGAGGCUUUCAUCCGGUGAACUUCAAGACUUCCAGGCACGAUAAUUCUCAUUUACUACACCCAUCGAUGCAGCCAGAUCUUACAGCUAACGCUGGGCUAUAUCGAGGGCAUAUGUAUGCCUUGCAAGACUCUGCUGACAAAAUCGCCAUGACUAACUCUCCAUUGCUGGAUCCCCUCCCAAACCUAAAGAUUAAAGUCUACAAUUCAUCGACAGUGGGAUCAUCACCUGGAAUACAAGACAACCUGCUUGGUUCAAAGUCUGUAGCGUCGUAUCCAUCAGACACUAACCUCAUUAAUGCAAGAAAUAAAACCAUGAGUAGCCAACACUUGUUGACUUUACCCCGUGACUCCAGUAACAGUGUGACAGGCACAUUUGGGGCUCUAGGUGGAAGGCUAACAUUCCCAAACACAGGGGUGAGUUUACUGAUACCGCAUGGAGCAAUUCCACAAGGAAAAUACUAUGAAAUGUAUUUGAUGAUAAACAAAAGAGAAAACACUGUACUACCUUCGGAAGGUACGCAGACAAUUUUGAGUCCUAUUGUAACUUGUGGCCCCACUGGACUUCUCUUGUGUCGACCAGUCAUUUUGACCAUUCCUCAUUGUGCUGAUAUCACCACAUCCGACUGGAUUUUACAGUUGAAAACUCAGUCUCAUCAGGGAAGCUGGGAGGAAGUUGUGACAUUAAAUGAAGAGACUCUUAACACACCAUGUUACUGUCAGCUGGAAAGUCAGUCUUGUCAUAUUUUACUUGACCAGCUGGGUACCUAUGCCUUUGUCGGGGAAUCAUACUCCAGAUCUGCUAUCAAGCGGCUCCAGCUGGCAAUAUUUGCACCUAUUCUUUGCACUUCGCUGGAAUACAACCUCAAAGUCUACUGCUUAGAGGACACACCUGAUGCAUUAAAGGAAGUUCUGGAACUGGAGAGGACCUUAGGAGGCUAUCUCAUAGAAGAACCAAAGCCACUGAUGUUUAAAGACAGCUAUCACAACCUACGCUUGUCUAUUCACGAUAUUCCUCAUUCAUUGUGGAGGAGCAAAUUAUUGGCCAAAUUUCAGGAGAUUCCUUUUUAUCACAUCUGGAGUGGAAGCCAGAGAGCGCUGCAUUCUACAUUCACUCUGGAGAGGUAUAGUCUGGCCUCAACAGAACUAACAUGCAAAAUCUGUGUGAGGCAGGUGGAAGGAGAAGGACAGAUUUUCCAGUUGCACACAAUGCUGGAAGAGAAUGCCAAAUCAUUUGAUCCUUUCUGUUCACAUCCCGGAAGCAAUGUGACAACCCAGUUAGGACCAUAUGCCUUUAAGAUGCCCUUAACCAUCCGGCAAAAAAUUUGCAAUAGCUUGGAUGCCCCAAAUACUAGAGGAAAUGACUGGAGGCUUCUAGCACAAAAGCUCAAUAUGGAUCGAUAUCUAAACUAUUUUGCCACCAAAGCCAGUCCAACGGGGGUUAUCUUGGACUUAUGGGAAGCCUUACACCAAGAUGACGGUGAUCUCAACACUCUGGCCAGUGCCUUGGAAGAGAUGGGCAAAAGCGAGAUGAUGCUUGUCAUGGCAACAGAAGGAGACUGUUGAUGACCUCAACUCAUUUGACUUGAGUGGGUGAAUUUGUGAAAAGUGGAAUGAAGAUGGAGGGCAGGAAGGCCUUUGGUCCUUAAAACAAGAGACAUUUUCAGUCCUUGUUUGUGCUGGAUGACUCGCAGAACUGCAGCUUAGUGGGGAGAUUGAGUACUCCUCACAGUCUAAACACAACCAGCCUUAGAAUUCCUUACAUACUCUGUUUACAAGCCAUUCAAGUGUCUAAUGGAAUACCCUUUCACUCCACUCCACAUAAUGCCAGGUGCACGAAGAGAAGCAUCAUCGGUACCAUGAUAGCUGCGGAUAAACCUCUUUCACAUCACCAUUUAAGAAAAAAAAAAAGAACAAAAAUUAUGACUUUGUAGUUUAAUGCUCUUUCAUUUCCUCCAUCUUUAGAAAUAUCUAUUCUUUGAACAAUCUGAUCAAACUGUUUUUAUCCUGUCCAAGCUUGGAACAGCCUUAUAAUUAAGGCAAGAGGUUUCUUAGGAAACGCAAGUUUAUUUAUUAUCCAGAUCUUUGGAUGAGUCUUUGUUAUAUAUGUAAUGAUUGAGAUUUCUGAGUGUAUGCACCCGUGUGUAUGUUUGAGGUAGGCUUGCCAUCUGUCCUCCCUGCCAUCUUGCUCCAGUAGAAGUUUCUAAUUGCAGACAAAUUAUUUCAAUGGCCUACUUACAUUUGUGGGGCCUACUUGUCAGUAUAAUAAUGUUCAGCGCUGCGACUGUACACAGACUGCAUUGGGGUUUGUUUAUUGUUGUUUGAUUUGCCAUAACAGAUUCUUCAUAUUUCACUUACCUGAAUGGAAACCCUACACAAGCUCAGGGAAAAUAUUGCUUAUGUUCUAUAAUCCUACCACUGGAACGUGGAAAAUAAG